CAGACUCAUCUCCAUUUUGCGUACUAGUUCCAAGCGUGUGUCGAAGGCUCUCUACUCCUGCGAUCAGUAUCACACUGUGAAGACCGUUUUUCCCUGCAAUGGACGGCAUUGCAAGCGAUGUUGCAGUAGGUGUGAAGUGUACAUCUGUGUCUUUCUAGAGAAGCUCAGAUGAAUUGCUGUCUGGCAGUCUGUACAGUCCAAACUCUUCAGUCACUGCUAAUGGAGGUGACAGUAAGAAACUGAGGGUGGAGGACAGCAUGGAUAGCCCACCGUCUAGAGUCAUUCAUAUUCGGAAACUCCCCAAUGAGGUUUCCGAGACGGAGGUCAUCGCCCUGGGAUUGCCCUUUGGAAAGGUCACUAAUAUCCUGAUGCUUAAAGGCAAAAAUCAGGCAUUUUUGGAGCUGGGAACAGAGGAAGCAGCUGUUACCAUGGUGAACUACUACACAGCUGUUACACCUCAAGUGCGUAAUGUCCCAGUGUUCAUUCAGUAUUCCAACCACAAAGAGCUCAAGACUGACAGUGCGCUCAACCAGCGAGCUCAGGCUGUGCUGCAGGCGGUGUCGGCAGUCCAGGAAGGCGGCUCUCCAAGCUCAGACACGGCCGGUGAGAGUGUGUUAACACCUGCCCCCAGCCCAGUACUACGAAUAAUCAUCGACAACAUGUUCUACCCAGUCACUCUGGACGUCCUCCAACAGAUCUUCUCCAAGUUUGGAACCGUCAUGAAGAUUAUCACAUUCACCAAAAACAAUCAGUUCCAAGCUCUUCUGCAGUUCAGUGACCCCGUAAAUGCCCAGCAGGCCAAACUGUCUUUGGAUGGCCAGAACAUAUACAACUCCUGCUGCACUUUGCGCAUUGACUUCUCCAAGCUGGUCAACCUGAACGUAAAAUACAACAACGACAAAAGCCGGGAUUAUACCCGUCCCGAGCUGCCCGCGGGAGAUGGCCAACCACCUGUGGACCCGUCUGUGGCCGCCGCUCUCAGCAAAGAUUCCACCUCACUGCUCGGUACUCCCUCUGGAAUGGUAACUUCCUACUCUAGUGGUGGAGGGUUUCCAUCUUCUCUAGGGGCCAUCAGCCCUCUGAGUGCAGCGGCGGCGGCGGCGGCAGCUGCAGGGAGGGUGGCGCUGUCCGGACAUUCGACACCUGGCGGAGUGCUCCUGGUCAGCAACCUCAACGAUGAGAUGGUUACGCCCCAAAGUCUGUUUACCCUCUUCGGUGUCUACGGUGAUGUGCAGCGCGUGAAGAUCCUGUACAAUAAGAAGGACAGUGCUCUAAUCCAGAUGUCUGAUGGAAACCAAGCCCAGUUAGCCAUGAGCCAUCUGAAUGGGCAGAAGAUGUAUGGCAAGAUCAUUCGUGUGACCCUCUCCAAGCACCAGACAGUACAGCUGCCUAGGGAGGGCUUAGAUGAUCAGGGCCUGACCAAGGACUUCACCAGCUCUCCACUGCAUCGCUUCAAGAAGCCUGGGUCUAAGAAUUUCCAGAACAUCUUCCCCCCUUCAGCUACACUUCAUCUCUCUAACAUACCUGAUAAUGUGACAGAGGAGGAUUUACGACUGCUCUUCUCAAACUCUGGCGGUACAGUGAAGGCGUUCAAGUUUUUCCAAGAUCGCAAAAUGGCUCUGCUGCAGAUGUCCACGGUGGAAGAGGCGAUUCAGGCUCUCAUCGACCUUCACAACUACGACAUGGGCCGAGGUCACCGCCUGAGGGUGUCCUUCUCAAAGUCCACCAUCUGAGGAUUCCCUGGUGCUAUGUCACAUUUCCUUUUGCCCUACCCCAGGAGCCUCAAGUUGAAUUCAAUUUUACCAGUCAUUCCUUAACACCAUAUCAAACACUUCAAUGAGAAUGGCCUGUUAAAGGAACACUCGUUCUGUAUCUGCUCCUGCUAUUGUUUGUUUGGCCAGCUGUUAAUCUAUUUUAGGAUGGAUUGACAAAAACGUGCCUUACUUAGCAAAAUAGCGUCAUCUUUUUCUUCCUGUCAUUACAGAUUAUAAGUACUUAAUGCGUGAUGAUUUUUUUUUACCUUUACAAUCACCUUGCUUUGUUGUUUUGAAGUUUUUUGAAAGUGAUGGUUUACUUAGCUCUUGUGUCCUCACCAUGUAAUUUUUAUUUUUUUUAAACAAUUUUCUAGCUCUGAAAGCUAGUCGGCUUGCUUUGAUUCAAAGGUAAAAGCUAAAUUUUAUAUGGUCUGUUGAAUUGAACCUAAUUUAAUUUGAUUGAAUAUACUCCCAAGUUGUAAAUUAUCUUGUGCAUUUGUAGUUUUUUUUCCCUUUUUUCUUUGAUCAGGCACCCCAGGUACUUUUUGUGAUUGAAACCUGCGGUAAACAAAACAAUGACAAUGGGGAGCAUAGUGUGUGACGUAUAGUACCUGCUUUGAUAUUUCUCACUCACUUUUGCUUCAGUGAAUUCUGUUACCUAUUUUUAGAAGAAAAUCAAGAGCAUGUGCUGAUGGAUCUCAGCAGUUGCAUGUGUCAGAUAGACCAUGUUUGAUGUUGUGAUGUCACAUUAAUGUAUGGACUGUUGGGACCAAAGUAAAUGUGCCUUUAGUCUUACAUAAUUCUGCAUUGUACACAUGGUUUUGUUACGAGUGGUUCUCUCGUAUUGCGUAAGUCGGCUUACGCUACGGGAAAGAUUAAUCUUUUCAAGAUAUAAAGGCAAAAAAAUUAUCCUUAAUUUUUGUACUCAUUGUCAACGCAGUGCAGCAGCUAGCAGACCUAGAGCAGGCUGUCUAGCUUGCUCAUUGGCUGCUUUGCGCAACUAUAGCAGCCUACCACUGUGCCCGGCGUGACGUCACAACCAACGAAGGGCACUCGUGCCCUCAUCGGCUUAGCGUAUAUAAGCGGGGCUCGGAGACCGUCUCUCUGAUUUUCAUCUCUUCAGCGAAGCUCUUCGCAUCGCUGGAUUCUGAGAGAAGUCGCCGUUUGAGGAAGCGAAAAGCCAGCUUAGGAAAGCGCCUGAAGAAGCCGGUUGUCUUUGCCGCCUUCCGCCAUUCGUGCGAGCUACACUAUCCGGCGACGUUUUCUUUUUCUGAGCUCUAUUCUGUGUGUGUUCGCACCCCUUUCUAAAAGAACACGAGACAUUUUUCUAAAAAUGUCUCGCACUUCCUGUGGCUCGUGCCGAGCCCCGCCCAGCGCCAGAGACCAUCAUGUGAUCUGCUCUCUCUGUCUGGGCCCAGACCACGCAGCCCUCGCUUUUUGUCAGGAAGCUGCGUCCACUGCAAAGAACACCUGAUGUCAACCCUGCGGGCUCGACACAAGGUGUUCAAUGCCGAAGCUGUCACUCCGCCCUCUGCUGGACCGCGCAAGAUGAAAGAGCCGUUCACGGAAACUGCCUGAUGUGAGGAGGAAGGAGAUGCCGAGGUGACAGCUGCUCUAUCCUGGCUUUUCUUCUGGAACUCCACAAGGAGUAUUCUUAAGUCGUGGAAUGCACCAUUCUCCUCUGCGCUCUCCCGAGUGGACGGCGCCACCGAGAAGGGGAGGACAAAGGCCCAGAUCCAGCUGCCAUUAAUUUUAGGAGCGACGCUCCAGCUCAGCUAUAGGCCGCUCAUGUGAUCAGCCUCCUCAGCCUCCAGCUCAGCAACGUGAGUACGUGAAGUCCUUCCAGUGGCAGCAAGAAGGAAAAGAUGGUUGAGUCCCGCCGAGGCCAGACCUCGAUCGAAAUAUCUCGGUCUGUCAGUCCCCUUAAAAAUAGGUUACUGCAGCGGUGUAUUCAGCAGCCAGCGAGUCGGUAAUGGUACCCGCUCGCCUGUACACAACCACCGACCCAGAGAUAUCUCAAGGGUAUACGUCUGGUUAACGGCUCAUGCCGUUGGUGUCCUAAGUGUAGAGAAUGUGCCCACAUCUCAGUGUUUACCCCUACACACAAGCAUGAUACCGCCCGUGUCUCUCACACUCACCAAGCCCACUCUCUUAAAGCUGGCAAAUGCCGCCUGAGUGUUAGAGGUAGGAAAUGUGCCCACAACUCUGUGCUCACGCCUACUCUCUGGCCGCUCUGCCACACGGCCAUAACAGCCUCAUAUCGGUCAGUUUAUGAAUGUAAGUUAUGUGCCCGCUCACAAUCGCUCACGCUUACUAAUAAACAUUUUACCCCGGGACUGCUCGCGAUUUACAGAAAGGCUAUGAAUGUAAGUUACGUGCCCACUCAUGAGUGCUCACGCGUACUAAUAAACAAUUCGCCCCCGGCACUGCUCGUGCAUCACAAAGUUAUCACAAAAUGUUCCCCAUUCAAAGUAAUCGGGACGACAUGUGAAACAGCCAGCCAUCGCUGUCAGCGAGCCGCCGUAUUCCAGUUACAGAGGGCAUGCGUGCCGCGCCCAACCCUCUGGUUAAGUUUUUUUCAAGCCCACGAAGUGCGCGAUCGGAACCCAGAGGCUAUUCUGCCCCUGGCCAUGAAUGUAAGUAACAUGCUGCUCACGAGCGCUCAUGAAAGCUGGCAAAUGCCGCUCAAGUGUUGAAUGUAGGAAAUGUUGCCUCGAUCGCCGUCCACUACGCUUUCGAGCACGGACCUUAAAGACAGUGAAUGUGGAAGUAGCACAUCUACUCCAUGCAGAAGUAGCGAAGCUGCUGUGCAAAAGGGGCCAUAGAACCGGUACCGCCUUCUCUGGGCGAGUCAGCAUUUUAGAGCCGUUAUUUUUCUCGUACUUAAGAAGGACGGAGGCCUCAGAACUAUUUUAGAUCUGAGACAUUUGAACAAAGUUCUUGUGAAAAGAGAAUGCUUACGACCUGAAAAAUCCCCACGCACGUUCGCUCGUGGGACUGGUUUAUCUUUCUCGAUCUGAAAGAUGCCUAUAUUAAGAUUCAGAUAGUAUGGCCCGUCACAGGCCAUUCUUGAGAUUCGCCUUUUACGGUCAGGUAUAUCAAUACACCGUCCCGUCGUUCGCUUGUCUUUAGCACCCUGUACAUUUACAAAGUGCAUGGAUGCGGCUCUCACCCCCUUGAGAAAUCAGGGCUUGCAAAUUAUGAACUAUCUGAUUAAUAUGGGUUAUAUGCUAUAUGCUUAUACAGACCGGCAGCGCCGCUCUGUAUUCCCUAUGAGUGCUUAAGUACUUGUGUCGCCCCGCGUUGCUGGCAGCCUUAUUCCCCGCUUGAAGUGGAUGCUUGCCGCGCGCUGUGUUGAAAAAGGGUUUCCGUAUCGGUCGGAACAUAUCGGUUACCUAAUGAGGGAAUGAGUAUUGCGUAAACAUUGCGUAACCACGAGCGACUUCCGCAUCAGUUGAUAAAAACCAAGGAGACAGCCUCCGAGCCCUGCUUAUAUACGCCCAUUCUGGCGGGCUAAGAUGUGAUGAGGGCACCCUUCACUGGGCGUGACGUCACGCCAGGCUCAGUGGUAGGCCGCUGCAGUUGCCGCAGGGCAGCCAAUGAGCACACUAGACAGCCUGCUCUAGGUCUGCUGGCUGCUGCACUGUGUUGAAUACAAAAAUUUAUUGGCAUUCAUUUCAUUGGCAUAAAUGAAUACAAAAAUUAAGGAUAAUUUUUUGGCUUCAAUAUCUCGAAAAGAUGAAUCUUUCCCAUAACGUAAGCUAACUUAUGCAAUAUUUGUUCCCUCUUCUAGAGAGAACCGAUGUUACGUUAGGUAACUGAUACGUUUUAUUCAACCUCUGGAAUAUUUUUAGUAAUGGAGAAAAAAUAAUCAGACUUUCCAACAGACAUGACUCAAAUGAUCCAUGAUACAAAUGAUCCUUAAUUGUCUGUGAUUGUAAUUGUUUGAGAGUCGCGCACUAAUUCUGCUGAAAAAUGCUGUGUUUUUUUGUGGUAUAGGUUGUGGAAAGGGGAGGGGGGCCUUCUGUACAUUUUCUACAUGAAUUGAGUUUUUACAUCUUUAGGAAUGUAAAGUCCAGUAUAGAUGUGGCACAAUUAAAAUUAAUUUUUCUACCAAGCUUGUGCUUAACGGUCCCUGUGGUGUGGUGUUGUGCUUUUAUCCUGUAGCAUGCUGAAUAAACUCUUCUCGCUCUACAUUCA